AUGGAGACGGACCGCAGUUGGAUGUACAGGAGCCACACAAACGGGCUGCUAACCACAGGGUAUAAGGAGCAUGUGAAGGAGUUUGUCCGGUUUGCAUUACGGCAUCCGGCUUGUAUGAGUGGGGUACAGAUAAAAUGCCCCUGCCCUAAGAGAGGUUGUCGAAAUACAAGCUAUCGGGAUGUCGAUGAGGUGGAAUUCCAUUUAUUGAAGAAUGGGUUCGUGAAAGGUUACCAAUUACCGGAGCAGGAUGUUGAGUUCGACUAUGAAGAUGAGGGGCCAGGUGAGUUCAGUUCCGCUCAAAGAAUGAUUCUUGAUGCGGCCGGUCCAGAAAUAACGUUUCCUGAAGAUGAGCUCCCGAAUGCUGAAGCUCAAAAAUUUUAUGAUAUGAUGCGUGCGGCUGAAGAAGACAUAUGGCCUGGGAAUAGCAGACACUCUCCAUUUUCUGCAUCUGCUAAAGUGAUGGAGAUCAAGUGUCGACAUAAGGGUUCAGUAGCUUUAGUUGACGACGUAUGCGGAUUGAUACAGGAGCUGCUCCCGGAGGACAACAAGAUGCCAACGAAUUUUGCUAAAAUUAAGAAGCUGGUCAAAGGUUUGGGGUUGCCGAUUGAGGUUAUUGACUGUUGUUUUUAUAACUGUAUGAUUUAUUGGGGGGAGGACGCAGAUCUAACGCGCUGCAAAGUUUGCAAUUAUGCGCGGUGGAAACCUGUGACCCACGGAAAAUCCACAAAAAGAAAGGCUAACGUGCCAUAUAGUAAAAUGUUCUAUUUUCCAAUAACUCCGAGGCUACAGAGGUUGUACGCUUCGAAAGCCACUGCUCGGCAUAUGACGUGGCACGCAGACCACGAGAUGGAUGGUGAUAAGAUGUGCCACCCGUCCGACUCUCCGGCUUGGAAACGUUUUAGUGAACUGCAUUCUGAGUUUACCGAUGAAGGGAGAAAUAUCAGAUUAGGCUUAUGCUCCGAUGGGUUUCAGCCAUUUACCAAUUUUGGGCAACAGUAUUCCUCGUGGCCGGUCAUUUUGACGCCGUACAAUCUCCCCCCAGGCAUGUGCAUGAAGGAUGAGUUUAUGUUUUUAACGGUUUUGGUACCGGGGCCUAGAAACCCAAAACACCUAAUGGAUAUCUUCCUACAGCCGCUGAUUGCAGAGUUGAACCAACUGUGGGAAUGUGGAGUCCAGACAUAUGACGUUCAUAAGCGUCAGAAUUUUCAACUAAAAGCGGCUCUUAUGUGGACAAUAAAUGACUUUCCCGCUUAUUCUAUGUUGUCUGGUUGGAGCACUGCUGGUAGAAAAGCAUGCCCGUACUGCAUGGAAAACACCGAUGCAUUCACACUGGAUAAAAGCGGUAAACAAUCGUGGUUUGAUUGCCAUCGCAAGUUUUUGCCUCCGAAUCACCAAUUCCGUCAAAAUGUUACUGAUUUCCGUAAGGGGAAACGAGAGGUCGGGAAAAGGUUUGCAGGGGUGAGAACUGGAGAUGAACUGUUAGCAGAGAUUGAUCGACCGGGGUUUAAGAAGGCAUUUGAGCCUGGUGCGAAAGUUACUAAUGCAUUACUGUCAAAAGAUCAUGGGUGGAAUAAAAAAAGUAUCUUUUGGGAUUUGCCUUAUUGGAGAACGAAUGUAAUACGUCACAAUCUCGAUGUCAUGCACAUUGAGAAAAAUGUCUUCGAUAACAUUUUUAAUACCGUUCUCAAUGUCCCCGGGAAAACAAAAGACCAUGCAAAAUCUCGUGAAGAGUUGAACGACAUCUGUGAUCGGCCAGGGUUAGCUAAAGAUCCGGCAACUGGGAGAUUUCCAAAGGCAAUGUAUGCUUUGGAUAGGGAUUCAAAACGAGUUUUUCUUGAGUGGAUUCAGAAAAUAAAGUUUCCAGACGGGUACGCGUCAAACUUGUCUAGAUGUGUUGAUCUAAAGGGGCUGAAAAUGCAUGGAAUGAAAAGUCAUGACUGCCAUGUUUUUAUGCAACGACUUCUGCCAAUCGCUCUUCGGGAGCUACUUCCGAAAAAUGUGUGGGAGCCUCUAACAGAGUUAAGUAUCUUCUUCAGGGAGUUAACUUCCACGUCACUGUCACAGGAAGAUCUAAACCGUAUGGAAACUGAGAUCCCAAAAAUCCUGUGUAAGUUGGAACGUAUAUUUCCACCCAGCUUUUUUGACUCUAUGGAGCAUCUUCCCGUGCAUCUUCCGUAUGAAGCUAUGAUGGCAGGACCGGUUCAGUAUCGCUGGAUGUAUCCAUUUGAAAGAUAUUUGAGGAAAUUGAAAAAAAAGGUCACUAAUAAAGGCAGGGUCGAAGGGAGCAUUAGUAGUGGAUAUCUGCAAGAAGAAAUCGCUAAAUUUGCAUCCUAUUAUUUUGCUGAAGGCGAUCCGAUGUUACCCGUGCGUUUGGGAAGAAAUGAAACUUGUGAUAUGGAUAUCGAUGAAGAUGCCGACAAACUGGGAAUUUUUAAACCUAAGGGAAAGCCGUUGCGUGGUAGCGGCAGGAGAUAUCUUGAAGACGAUGAGAUCAUCGCUGCUCGGACCUAUGUUCUUCUGAAUUGUUCCGAAAUCGAAGAUUAUCGAAGGGUUUUUGUGGCCGGAUUGCGCGAAAGGAACAGUGACAUAAGUGAAACAGAAAUUGAAAGAGUGCUUGAAAGUGAUUUCGCCUCUUGGUUCGAACAAUAUGUGAAAGAUCCAACUGUCUGUACUAAUCCGUUUAUUCUGAGUCUCGCAAAGGGACCGUGUAGAAAGGUCACCACAUAUAAGGGAUACUAUGUAAAUGGCUUCAAAUUUCUGACUCAGGAAUAUGGGCAUGAUCAACUUACAAUGAAUAGCGGUGUGUGCGUAAGGGGAACAGAAUAUGUUGAGGGUGAAAAUGACUUUUAUGGAGUGCUAACGGACAUAAUUGAGUUAGAGUAUCCAGCUCUACCAAUGAAGCAGACCGUCAUUUUCAAAUGCGAAUGGUUCGACCCUACAGAUACAGGCACGGACACUACCAAUCGAUACAACUUGGUAGAUGUUAAUCACAGACGCAGGUACAAUAAAUACGAACCGUUCAUUUUGGCAGAACAGGCUGACCAAGUUCACUACCUUCCAUAUCCAAGUAGAAAACGGGACAAAGUAAAUUGGUGGGCAGUUUGCAAAAUUAAGGCACGAUCAGAACUUGACAUGCCCGAUGCAAUUAUCCCGGCCUUUCAAGAUGACAUUGAAGAAAAUCCCCUUAUAGUUGAAACGGACGACAAUCCCACAAAUUUAGCUGACCUGAAUGAGGUGGCGGACAAAGAUGCGUUGCAAAUCCCUCCUUUUUUGUAUGAGAGGGCAGGGUGGUUCAGGAUCAGCAGCAGGAGGUGGAGGCGGCACCCCCCCGUUCAGCCCCGACAGCCACGAGAGCCCCCUGCAGAGCUGGAUGAUCAGGGGAGGGCACUGUGUUUCCCAGACGCCAGCAGGGAGAGGCUGUUGAACUCUGGACCAAUCUCCCGAUCUAUGCGGGAGAUCUUUAGAAAGUGCUGGUUCGAGAAUGGGCGAGCCUGGCGGUUUCUGACUCCAGAGCAGAGAGAUUUCUAUUGGGAGGAAUUUAAGAAGGAAUACUGGUGGGAUACGGCGGAUUACAGCGACGACGUCAUCAAAGGUGUAUUCAUGACGCAUGCUGCCAACCGAUACAAGGACGUUAUUCACAGGAUGAGAGAGAAGGACGGAAAACAUACCUCGAUCAGCCAAGAUAUCUGGGAUUCCUGGCAGGCCGUCUGGGCGUCAGAGGACGAGAAGAAGAAGUCCGAUGUAGCUCGCGCUAAUCGGAUGAGCGAGCCUGCUGGAGCCGGUUCCGGACCAGUACGCCACACAGGGGGAUCCCGUUCCGCCAUCAGACAUAUGGAUGUGUUGGCUGACGAGCUCGGCCGCAAGCCUACCGCAACGGAGCUGUAUACUCGGAUGCACUCCACGAAAGCUGAUAAGGGUGUCAUGGUAGACAAGAGGGCUCAAGACAUGAGUGAUGCAAUUGCUCAGAGACUUGCUGCUGCAUCGCAGCCGCCGACCGGAGAGGGUGGUUCGUCUAGCACAGCAGAAGUCGACGAGACGCAGCUAUUUCUGGAUAUCGAGGGCGUCAACAAGAAGCGGCGUGUCUACGAGUUGGGUUCAGCGACUAGUGCGUACGUGGAUACGACGACGUCUAGUAGGGCGAGGACCAGGUCCACACAGUCACAGCGAACUGAGGAGGAGAUCGAGCGGCGUGUGCGGGCGGGGAUCCAGGACGGACUGCGCCAGAUUACCACUGAGGUGGAGGAUCUCCGUGCCCAGCAGGCGAGAACCAAUGAGAGGAUGGCCGAGAUUAUUCAGGCCGAGAUGGCGAAGAUGAUGCAGACUCUUCCUCCGCAGUAUCGCCCACCCCCAGGUCCUUCAGACGAUGACGACACUCCGACUUUGUAGUGUCACGUUUGUAUUUCUGACAUUUUGUAUUUUGUCACUUUUAUACAUUUUGUGUUAUCUUGUUUUAUAUAUUUUCUUACGAUAUGUAAAAUAUAACA